UCUGGGUGAGAGGUACCUCCCUCGGCAAGCUUCUCCAGUCCAAUGAGCAACCGUUAAAAGAGGGCCAUGUUCAUUGAGCGGACCAGAUAUACUAGAGGAGGUGGGAUUUGUAGGCACCAGGAAGCAGAAAACCCUGACAGUCCGCACUCAGGGCCACAAACUCAACUAUAGCUACAGUUCUCCACGUCCUCCAGUGCUCCAGUGUGUUGAAACGUCAUUUUCAGAAGUUGCCACGCAUACACAGCAGCAUGAUGUCGAAGUUGGUGAUCUACACACUGUGGCUCUUUGUAUGUUCACAGCUCAGUUUGUGGUCCGUUUGGGCGACAGCAGACGAGCAGGACGGCGAGGUCAAGAUCGAGGUUUUAUUCAAGCCUGAGCAAUGCGACAAGCAGAGCAAAAGAGGAGAUCUGAUGAAUGUUCAUUAUGAUGGGUUCCUCGCCAAAGAUGGUUCCCAGUUCUACUGCAGUCGAUCUGACAAAGCCGGGCACCCUCAGUGGUUUGUUCUGGGUGUCGGACAAGUCAUCAAGGGCCUUGACGUUGGGAUGAUGGAUAUGUGUCCAGGAGAGAAGAGAAAGAUAACUGUUCCACCUGUACUGGCUUUUGGAGAAAAAGGCAAAGGUCCAGUGCCACCCAAUGCCACGGUGGUGUUUGAGGUGGAGCUCUACUCCGUGUCCAGGGGACCACGCACCAUGGAGGCUUUUGGAGAGAUAGACAUUGAUAAGGACAGAAGUCUCACAAAGGCUGAGGUAAAAGAAUACUUGAAGAAGGAGUAUGAAAAAGGAGGGAAGCCCCGCGACGAGGCUUUCUAUCAGAAGAUUAUGGAUGAUAUAUUCCGCAGGAACGACGACGACAAAGACGGACUGAUCAGCGCAAACGAGUAUAAUAUUUAUAAACAUGAUGAGCUCUAGUCUAGUUCACGGUGGUCAUUUUGUAGUUUUAAGUACUUUAUUCAGUCAGUGAGAAAAAAGGGAACAGGUGAAGAAUCGAAAGGAAAAAUCCACCCUCAGAUGUUUUUUCCACUGUUAGAUGUCAACUUUACUCUUUCAGUCUACCUACUUUACAUCAACAUGCCUCAUCACUUCCUCUUUAGUUGGGGUUUCCCUCUUUUCCCAGAAUGCCUUUUGACAACCGCUGCACACACUCUGGUCUGUUGAAGCUACUGUGGGAGUAGAAAUGGAAACAUCUGCCUCUUCUUUAAUGUUUUUCCCCCUGUAUGAUUUUUCAACUUCAGUUCAAUGUGGCUUAUCUGGAGAGAAACCUUUAGAUGAUUUAUAGUUUAAACAACUUCUUAUUUAUCUUAUACCGGCCCUUUAUGCAGCCCCUCAGUUCAGCCUC